AUGAAGAUAAUUAUCGUUUGGAGCUGUCUCGUAGCUGUUCUUUUGGAGCCUUGCACGUCCGAUAUGUACCUGCAUUUUCCUCCAGGGUCAAACAAUCGACUAAACGGUAAUCAAGACAACGUCAGAAACGCCAACAGAUUGUAUGAUUCACAGGUAAAGUCAUGCCUAUAGGGCAGCUAGAUAAUGAUGCCAGUAAGAAACUGGCUUCUUGGCCACAAAUGUAAUGUAUAUAGAUUUAGCCAAGGCCAAAAGAGAACCUCUCAGUCAAGUGAUCUUUUAAAAAAUGUUUUUCUCAAGUAAUUCAACUGUUGCCGUAAGCAGAAAGCGAACUGAAUUCCACCUUUAAAAAAUGAAACUUAGUCGGCGAUCAAUUGAAAACCAAGUACUCGUAAGCGGAUAACUUAAAAAAAAAUACGUCACCUCAAUGAGUUGUCUAUCUGAACCCGCGAUAAAAGGAAAGACUUUAUGAUACUAAUGCUGCGGUGAUUCAGCACUGUAACGUCAUCUAUAAAUGGCUGCCACUUUGCUAGUCUAUGCAUCUAUAAAGCCAAACAACAGAGUGCCGAUUUUAUAAUGGUUAUUUUACUUUUAAUUAUUAGAUUUUGGAAAAAUUGUAAAUGUUUUUUCUAUCUCAGAAUAAUGGCAAAUGUGGCUAUAAUGUUGGAGACAAGCUGGACAGUAACCCAGGCGACAACAUUCAAGAAUUCAGACAGCUCCCAAUGGUAAUUAUAAACUCAGACUCAAUUACUAAAUAAGGUGGAAGUACCGUUGUUAGAUCAAGACUGGAACAAAUAUUGUAAAGAAAAACGCGCGAUUUGGGCCGUAUGCGCAAAGGCUGGAUCGGACAAAUAGGUAGAAUUUUCAACUUUCUUGUUUAACAUCAAUCACUUAGAAUAAAUCAUGAUCGGUUUAACCUAUUUUGUGACAAAAUGGUACCCCUUUCACAUACCUAGUUUAGAAAUUUGCACUCGCCCCUUUAACUACUGUAAUAACACUGUCCUUAAUUAAGCAAUAGACCACAUUUUCUAAGGGUUUACCGGCGAGAAAAGAUUGUAAAUCACUCGCCUUCGGCUCGUGAUUUACAAGCUUUUCGAGUGUUCUCCCAACAUCUCUAGGGGGUUAUCACGCUGGUAAACCCAUAGAAAGUGUGGUCUACUGCUUUUAUAAAAUAGCUUUAAGUAGAACGGAAAAUGUGUCAGUUUUCUAUGAGUUUACCGGCACAAUAAACCAUAGGUUUUUAACCAAUCACAAAGAGCGUACUAUCUUAGCCAUUUUAUAAAUGUGAAUAAAUCACAAAACCGGAACGUUGUUUCGACUUUUUCACAGCCGUAAAAGGCAUCUCUUAGCCCUGUUGGGCCUUUUACAGACCCAAAUGGCAGAUUUACCACCCCUUUCAUAUGCCUCAACCAGUGAAAUCCCUACCCUUUCAGAUACUGUCAGAACCUGAGGCCUGAAAAAUGCCCCCCAUUUGGGCGGAGCUUCCCUGUUUAGGGCAUUGUAUGGAAAAUCCCCCGGGGCAGGUUGAGCCUCAAUUUUUCUUAUUACAGUCAAAUUGACCUGAACACUUAUUUUUUAGGCAGAUUUUAUAUCAGGACCAGACUAAAUACCCCUAAACUCUCAAAGCUAUAAUGUGAUCCUUAUCUUCAGAUAAUAAGAAACUUUUUUAGAAACAAAUUAAAUAGCCUUUUAAAAUUAGUGCUAAUUCACUUUUACUGAUGUAAGAACCUGUUGACGCUAACUUGGCGGGAAAACAAAAAAAUGCAUUUUCUUACUUGCGGUUUUUCAGUUUGUAUAUUUACAGGGGCCUAAUAACAACUAACUGAACGAGCCUUUAAUUCGUACCUUUCUUACGCGACCUGCCAUGAAUGCCUAAAUGAAUCAACCGUUAGAUGCGUUUCUUCGAGUUUUAACUUUAAAAGACUAGUUUAACUCCUUAGAUAGCAGUUUUUGGUAUUUUUGUUUUCUUUAUCCAUGAUCUUAAAAUCCCUACCUUCGGCCAAGAGUAUUAGAAUGACCUCUUUUUUUUUCUUUGCAGGAAUUCUAUAUGAGUGGAUGCGAUGCAAAAGCAAAAAGCGAAGUCGAAAUCAUGUGGACAAACCAACACGGAACCGGACCAAAAACGGACGACAGGGUGGAAACACAAGUUAUCCUACAAUACAUGUGUCAGGCAUACCCCGAGGGAAAGAUGACUACCAAUGACGUCAACAGAGAGUUCCAAUAUCACACAAUACGUAAUGGGCAGACUCUCACCACGCAAGGAUUUGCAAAUGGAGCUCGGGAAAAUGCUUACAUCAGAAAGGACCGUGGACUUCAUGAGCCAGCCAAUUACUAUCAAGCUUACUUCCGUAGAGAACGAAACAAAGGUGGGUAUACAUUAGUCUAUUCUGAGAUUGCGAAUGAGACUAUUGCCUCAUGUAAAGAAACCCAAGUGAAGACAUUCUUGAUUCCAAAUUCUAUGUCAGUGGAACUUGGAUUCCGGAUUCCAAUCGUUAGCAGGAUUCCGUAUAAAUUGAGCUGAAUUCCUGAAUUCCACGAGUCAAGGGACGAGAGGCUAAAUCGGUAAUGGGAGACACUAACGCUUCUUUCAUCACCUGUUUAGAGACUGUGUAGGAAAAUGGAUCAAAACUUGACCUCCAACACAGUCUCAUAGGGCAGUUCGAGGCAACAUUACCAGCAAUCAACUGUAUCGCGUAAGCUUCAAAAUGGACAAACACAUGUAAACGCGGUGGCGGAUGGAGGAGUUUACUUGUCCACUUGUGUCACACGUUAAUAUAGAAUCACCCUGUAAGAAAAGCCUCCAUUUGUCUUGUCUUUGAGAAAAGAGGACUUCGUUUAAAUCGCGUCAAACCUUUAAAGUCACCGCAGCUAGAAAUUCCGGACCAAUCUUGUAUUCUCCUCUUAAACUAGUUUUGCGAGUGCGAGCAUAUUGCUUGACUUGGAUAGUUAUAACUGAGCCCGCUGUACAAGUGAAAACUGCCCGGGUUCGAAAGUUGAAACCGUAUGCAAGCAACAUCCAAAUCAUGCCAAGCAUAUAUCUUACUCGAUUCAUGUAUAGUCUUUCUGGAGCACAGUAAAAUCGAGCAAGUACGAAGAAAGGCAAUGCUUGCCGGAGGAUGGCGUAAAAUGCGCGUUUGGCUACCUUCUGAGCCCAUAUUUCACCUCUAAUCACAGAUCACUUGAACACUAAUAUGUGAAGGCGGAAGUUGUCUCAAUUUUUGUUUAGUACAAGAACCAUAAAAAUUCGAAGAGACACGAAGGUUUGCUUUUCUUGCUAUCCUAUUCAAGGUGUAAGGAUGGUAAAGGAGACAUUAAAUGGCGCAGUUGAUCACUUUACGUGAACUUUUUGUUCAUUCUACAGGUUUGUUUACCGCUGACCAAAAGCUCAAAGGUGUUCUGCCAAUCUACACGCGGCAAAAUGCAGCAGGGACAAGGAGGGGCCUGGAGGUACCUGAGGAGCGUGAUUACUAUCCCUACUGGGGCCCCACCCCGUGGAAGGACAUUGCCAUUAUGGUUAGCGAUAAGAAGACAGAGCAGUUAAUGAAGGAUUAUGUCAGCAGUCCUCAUUAUGGCCACAAGUGUGAGUGUAUUUUGCUUUAGCAUGUUCAGAUAUUGUCUAAAAGCCAUCUCUUGGUGUCGAGAAGUGAUCAUCCCAAAGUUUUCGAGUGCUGUGACUCGAAAGUUCUCAAACGCUUAUCAUACUUAACAUAUCACGAGGAACAAUUUUCUAUUUCUUUCUUAAGUGGGCUAAGACUUGCCCGGUCGUAGUAAGUCAUCAGUGAGGUAGGCUUUGUGCAUUGUACCUCGUUGCAAUUGAAUGAAACACGCGCGUGACGAAAGGUGUGUGCUCACCUGCCGGACUUCUUUUAUGGACUUCUCAUGAUAAAUCGUGGUACUUAUAUCAUUUGUGAAUGUAGAUCCUGAGAUGCUUUAUGUAUUAAAACUUUUAAAUUUCUUAGACAUGUGUAUCAUGCCAACCACGCUAACGGGAAACGCCAACUGUCCACUGACAAAUGAAAACCGUCCUGCGAAAAAAUGCGUUGCUAAGUACAUCACAGCGGAAGCUUGUAAAGCAGGUGGAGGCCAGUGGACAAAAUUCAUCACAAACAUUGCCGAGAAAACCGCUGGAGUCUUAAGCACUUGUCGUGGCGAAGGUGACAUGAAGAUAGCAAGGGGCAUUCCGUAUGAGCCACACAAGCUGUCGCAGGGGGCAGACCAAAAGCAACAGUAUGUCCUCCUUCACAAACCACCUGAUGUCAUCUAUGCUCCUUCCACUGUUGUUAAUCAUAACGGAAUUAACAUGGAAGGAAAGUUUUCUUCUUACAAGUGGAAAGUUCCUUGCUUUCCCUCUAACACAACCCAACGCUGCGUAAUACGUAUAAGGUGAGAUAAAUUGCAUGUAAGUGCCUCGAAUCUGACUGAGCGGAGAUGCCACACCCAUAAACGCUUUUCUUCAAAUGAGCGCCGUCACUCUAACAAGCGUCCCAUCUGUGAUUAAGCGUAUAUUACCUUGGCCAAAACAGCAUGCAAAAGCCCCAUUUUCUUCAAAAAAGACUCUUUCUUCCUUCACAUUCCUUAAAAAUAAGAAUGUAUCCUCAGUAACAAAGAUUUCAUUGGUGUUUUGCAUUCCGCACAAAAUGUCUUGGCGUUUCAUAGUGAAUAUGUUGAAAUCAUAAAAGUAUUAAUUAACUCUCACUAGAAUAUUUUCAAUUAUAUUUUAAUGGGACUCAUUACCAAGAGUUAAAUAGAGUUAAGUUAUCUAUAGUACAGGAUUCAGAUCAAAAAGAGUUUAAAAGAGAGGAGGAUACAACAUUUAUCCACUUCCGUCAAAAGGAAAUCCUAUCUCCUGUGGUUUGUACGGUUUUUUUUUCGCUUUAAAGUAAGAUGGGUGCCUGGGCCCCUCAAACCCCUCCAUUAGAUCUGCUGGUAGUUAUGUUAUUUGUCUUAAACAGCUGGAAAAGAACUCCCUUUGUUGUUUUAGAUAUAACAUCACCACUGACGAUGUUCCACGCGAAUUUGAUGCCAGUAAUAACGGAAAGUAAGUUGCGCUUUUGUAGUUAUACUAGCAUUUUACGGUGUAGCCUGCAUCGCAGUUAGGUGAUGAGCGGCGGACGAAAGCGGUGAAGCCGCGAGGAAAAAAUACAUGUAGUUUAAUUUUAUUACGCAUUGUUGUUGUUUUUAUUGGCUGCUUUGUUGAUGUCCUCGUAUUCUUUUCGAUAUUUUCGAUAUGAGUGCAAUGGCGGAGAUUUAUCUCUAUCAGUUCAAUUUACUCUUCCUAAGGAACCUUCACAUAUGCACAACAAACGACACUCAUGAUAUAUGACCGGCGUUCGAGAAUGACAACCUCACUUAAUUAUCCUCUGAUGAGCAAUUUUCAAAUUCUAUCUCCGAAGGUCAAGAUUAGCUGCCGUGGUAACUUCUACAAUCUCCUUCCUAUGGCGUGUUAGAAAGCACCUCCCUUAAAAAUGUGACAUGUAGUUUUAAUUCAUAAACUUUGAUCUUGUAGCGUAACGAACGACCCGAAAACCAAAGCAACUGACGGCAAAACGGAUCUUCAGCUCGCCUUGAACACAGCUCAAGUUGGACGAACAUUCCAGGACAGAAGUCACGUGAUCUUGCUUAAACCACGACACAGCCUGCCACUAAAAUUCCAGAAUCGCAACAUUUACUACAUUGGAGGAAUGGGGAAGAGAGGAAACAUUGUGCAGACCUACCCUGCUAUGGAAUAUCGCUUCACUCCUGAGCGCAUUUCAGUAACGACAGAGGAUUUGGUGUGUUUUGUAUGGUCCGGUGGGUAGCAGGCUGUGAGCGUACUUUGACUAGUGGGGUACCAGGGAAACAGAAAGCAAAAUCGGAAACAGACGGGGGGGUUAACGAGGGUGAAGGGGGAGGGGGUGGAAAGGGCUUAUCACCAUGUUUCCUCAUUUCAAUCAGGGAAAACAUUUUCGUGACACUUUCUUCAAAUGGGUUAUUAGAAGAACAAAAAACCCCACCCUUUCCCUUGCCCAUUCAAAUUUUGCUGGUGUUUGUUGUUUCCUAAACCAAGCUCUCGACUCAGAUAUUAGGGGCUUGGCAAAACUAAGGUCAAAGGAAACAGCCCUCGCUUGAUCUGAGAAAGGGGAGAGUGGCGCAGUGACAGAAAAACCAAACUUAAAUCACAACAUAUAUACCUCUUCAAUUUAUUCUUAGUUCAUGAAGCCCACUAUGUGAUAAAAUUAGUUGCCCAGUAAUUAUGUUCAGCUUGACUACGAAAUUUUCCUUAUUUUUGGGAUUUUACAGGCUCAAACAACAACCAAAACAACGAUGGAGAAGGCAGAGCACGUAAGAAAAUACUGUUUUUCACUCGAUUUAAUCAAUCAAUGUCCUCAACGCUGCGGAUGGUGUCAGUAGGCAAUGAUACCGGGAAAGUUGUAAUUUAACAACUUUUAUAAAUUUUUUUGGCGCUUAAUAAUGAAUACGAAAGCCUACAAAUUACAAAACAUCCAAACAAAUUUCAUUAUACACCACUCAUUUUGCAGCCACUAAAAAUACAAAUUAUUAUACAAACCUUGACAAUGCCGUAAAAAAAUAAAAUAAAAUAAAUAGAUAAGAAAAGGAAAAAAUACAACAAUAUAGAGACAGUGUUACAUGUAAAUCUGAUUUUCAUUAAUUAUUUGAAACAUCAACGAAAUUAAAGGGUGACGCAUAUGUGUGACGCGCCUUCUAUAGAGACAUUUAAUAGUUUAACGAUAUUUAUCGAAGGGCAAAAAUGUAUUCCAUAUCUAGAUCUUCAAACGUGUAAUUAGUUUUUUUCCGCCUGUUCGCUAUUGGUUUUUUCAACUUGAUAAAGAGCCAUAAACUUGGCUUUAAAGACUUGUAUAGAAGGAUGUGUAUUAUUGAAUUCUACACUUAUAGAUAAACAAUUCAGCUGCCAUAAUCAGGUUGGCGGCCCUCUACCUUUGGGGCUAAUAAUACAGUCCUCUCAACCUCGUCCCCAGGACGUUUUCUUUUUAAAUUGGGAAAUGCCCUGGGAACGAGGUCGACAGUCUUGCCCAAUAGGAGAGGAGCGUGACAUGCAAACAAAGACUAUUGAGUAGAAGGCAACCUCAAUCAUUUGUGGCCUCUUCUUCGGCAGGAACGGAUCGCACUAACGUGUGUUGGGUAAAGGAAGGAUGCAGUUCUCUCAAACCCAAAGCUUGCUCCAGCCUGCCUCUCGAAGUCGUUGAUCACGUGGAAAAAUUCAACGCCGAUAAGUUGAACUUUCACUUCAAUACAGGGUGCUACACCGGUGAUCCUAAAAAACUACAGGCUCAGCUUGAUAACGCGCCAGCCUCCUGUAAUCCGCCAUGUUUCCGCAUCACGAAGCCUGGAGAGUACUGUUAUAUGAGCACGCGCAAUAACAACUUCUCCAACCGACGUCACAUGGGACAGAUUACAGUCACCGCCCCAAACGCUCAGUAGUGUGAGAGGCAGAGAAUCAAGUGUUGUUAAAUUUCUGUUAUUUAUAAACAUCUUAAGUUUAGCUUGAGAUGAGUUUCAUGUCUGAAAUAAAGGUUGAACUGUAACUGUACGUGCUUACAAACGUUUAUCCCUGAUUGCUGAAGAAAAGAUAAUUGAUAGAACACAUAUCAGGGGCACACAGCGACAGGUUUCUGUAUAUUAUCUGUUCGGGGAAGCAAAUAUUGCAUAGAAUUUUCUAUUGCUUCAGGACGGCUAAAAAUUUCUCGAUGACUUUCCAUUUAGGCACAAUUUUCGGAGCCUAUCUACGAUUUUCUAAAGUUUAAUUUCUCACAUUUCAGUACUCCCCAUGUUAGGCUUCAAAUUCAAAAAUGUGAUGGAGAGAGCCGGGAUAAGGAAAUUCUCACUUUCGUAAGAAGAUAAAUUGCAUCUAAAAUUUUCGGGGAAAUAAUACUGAUCCUUUUGUAAUUUCAAAAACUCCCAAGUUCCCCUAGGAUGACCGAACAGAUACAAUAACGCCGCAGAGAAUGCGUUUCCAGAGAUCUAAAAGUACUCUGGAUAGUCUAAAAAGAGUUUUCAAUGUGUUUAGGAGGAAACCGUUAUUGGGUGCCCCUGACAUAUACUCAGUGACCACAGAAUUCUCCUUUAUGUGUUUUCAAACCGGCAAAAAGGAUGAAGAACAAAACUGUCCGUUUUGCUUUUGAGGUUGACAGCAGGUGAUAAAUUAUUCUUUAUUGCUUAGGCCACGUACUUCUUCUGUUCAUGACUUCACAGUCCGAUCAAUUGCCAUUUCUACACUUCUGGCACGACCCGUGAAAAUACAGUCGAUUAUUAUUAAUGAUAAUGAUAACUAUUCUGGUGGUAAUGAUCUAUCCAUGCUCUAAAUAAUACAAUCGAUUCAGGAAUAAAUUUUUCUUCAGAUCACUAUGCUGAAAUAACAUCUCAUUCCUGUACUGUACAGAAGAUCCAUUAUUAUUUUUCAAAUUCCACUGUGCCAGCCGUUCACCUGCAGGAAGAACUCUUUUCGAGUUUCUAAAGCUAAUAGGCCUGUAUCCCGUGGGCUGUGUAUCAAGAUUCUCUCUUGCCUGUAUAGAAAGCAUUGCAUUACCAGGAUAAAACUAGAUUUAGCGACCAUCGUUAUCGGUGAAAUAUGUGCUUAGAAAUACUGAUGGCAAUUUAUUGUUCACAGAAAGGCGAUGAAAUACCGUACUGAAAUAAGGAUCAUGGCUUUCUCCCUUUCCGCCCUCCCUUCCGUCAUUUUCUUUCGUUCGUCCAUAUUUCCGUAACAAGAAAUAGUCUAUUAUUCGUAAAAACAAUAGGGAAACCUUUUGAUCUACAUGUGUAGGGUCUUGCUGCGGAAACCACUCCGAACAGCCUGUGCCUAAUCGUUAAAUUUUCGGCUUGACAAAUUUAUUAUUUAAGGGGGGUGGAGAGGGGUUUUUGCUCUGACGGGAUGCUAUUUUACCUGAGGUACUGAGGGAAAAGUUACGCAACGAGGCCUGCCUCAAGGCACGCCCAGUUCAUAAAUGGGUUUUGGCAUGAUUUUUUUUCCUACGUAGAAGAAUGAACGCUUUCAAUUAUUAUCCCAGUAACCCAGAGGGCGUUGCAUGCAAAUGGAGAAUUCUUUUUUCUUUCCUUACCUCUUUUUUUUCUUUAUUUCUCUGUUUUUUAUUUUUGUUUGUUUGUUUGCUUCUUUCUUUUUCACUUUCUUCAAUACUCCUCUAUAAUUUUUUUUUCAAGCGCAACCAAUAAAACCAUAUAUCUGUAAUAGGCGAAUGAUUGGUUCUAUAUUUGCUGAAAAUUUAAGCUGAGAUUUAUUGAUGUAAGUACGAAGCUGGCGAUGGCGAAUAUGCCUCUAAGCACUUAAGAUGUAUGAUAUGUAUUUGUUUAUUUUUAAACCUUGCACAGAAAGUAAAUGUCAAAAUCAGGCCCUUCACUUUACGCAGCCCAGGAUUCCACCAAUUGAAGAAACGCCGAUGGGUCCGAUAUAUCAAAAAAGCAUGAAGUCAACGCUCGCCGGGCGUGAGAAAUUUCUGAAAGCUUAAUUGUUGCAACCCAACGCACUACUUUCUAAAACCCGCCAUUAAGAUCCGACUCGCCCUUUUUAAUCACUGAUCAUAUUAAUUCAACACGUACGAAGCCUAAACUUUAUACGUCAAAACAUGAAGCUCGUGCCGGCGGGGGAUGCUAGAAAAGUCCUUUAACGUAACAACGAAGCACAAUCCAUCCAGAAAUGAGAUUGGCAACCAAUUUCUCUCGUUGACCUUUUUAACUUCACCAUUUACUAACACAUACACAAAAAUAAACAAACAAAUAAAUAAAUAUUGCAUGGUAUGAGCUUACGAAUGAGAAGUCAUUUCCAUGAAUCUCAUACGCAAAGCAUCUCUGAGAGUAUAAUUUCUUUGUUCAAGUAUAUUUUAGUUUUACGAAUCGAAAACGUGAUAUAUUGUUUGCAUACAGACAUCCGCUCUAUAUUGUAUUAUGGCAAUUGCGCACAAUGUUUACUAAGUUCAAUCCAACUCCAAAGUGAAAGUCUUAAUGAAUUUUUUGGGUUAGUUAAACAGUUAUAGUCAAAAGAGUUUCUUUUGCUCUGUGUUUCGUAGGUAGAGGUCUUUAAGGGAGAUUAGAGUCUGGUUUGCACAACUAGAGAUUAAUUUGAAAUAUAUAACAUUACUAAAAUAUUUGAGAUGUAAGCCCGUAUAAAGCGCAAGUUAAGAACAAAAACCCCGCAAAUGUCUCUAAUGUCAGUAACUGGACUCAGUACUUUCCUGUACUUUACCGACUCUUUCACUUAAUUAGUUUUUAAUUUCUCUGAGAAUAAAAGCUUUGAAAAGUUUUCUCUUUACUGUUCGGGAAUUUGCUAAAUCGAUGAAUUAUAUUGGCGCUCACGAAUUAAGGAAGCUAAAAAGCAAGUACUGCUUCUGCAGUGGACAGGCGUAGUCGAGUCUAGCUAUGUGCUGCCGCAAGUCAUCUCUUUGUGACUGCCGAUUUCCUAGGUGGGUGUAAAUAAUUUAUUCAAGAAUAUUGCUAUAAGAACCCUUCACGAGGGACAUCAAAGAAGAGAACCGAGUGAUGAGCAAUCGUAGGAGACAUUUGAAAGUUAUAUCAAAAAAGCAAAGGAAAAGCCACGAAGUAGUUCAAGAAAUAAUUGAAGGUAAAGUUGAAUAAUAUGAAACACCAGCGUAAUUGCGACUAACGCUUUUACCAUUUUCUUGACUUUCAUUGAAUGCGCUGGAUAACUAAAGCCUUUCGUCCAACAAAAUUAAAGGAUCAUUAGAUGUAUGAAAAUUGUUUUGGAAGAGAAUAAAUAAUAACCCAAUUUUAAUAGUUGAACGCCGUUAUGCUUUAAUUUGAAAUUAUGGAAACAAACACCCAACUUAAAAUCAUUCUCGAGUCUUGUCUUUUAAUGUUACUAAUCAUGAUUAUUAUUAUUAUUAUUAUUUAUUUAUUUAUUUAUUUAUUUAUUUAUUAUUUUACUGUAUUUUUUUAAAAAAGAAGAUAAUAUUUGUUUUUCUUUUUGUUUCAUACAGACCAUGAAGAUCGUUGUCUUAUGUAGUUGUUUACUGUCCGUCCUUUUCGAGCCUUGCACGUCAGACAUCUAUUUCCACUUUCCACCGGGAUCAAACAACCGAUUGAACGGCAAUGGCGUCAAUCGUAGAAACGCCCGCAGACUUUUCGACUCACAGGUAAUAACAAAGUCCAGUUCAUAUUGGAGCCUCGAGUCUGUUCGUCUUAUUGCAUAGGUUGUAGUUGACUUUUUAUUUCAGUUAAUUUUUAUUUUUCCAUUGUUUUGGGUAUGGUAAUGUAUGCUAAUGAAUUUAAAACAAAAGGAAAAACAAAAAUUAACUGCAACAUAUAUCUAGCCGAUUUAUUGAAAACCAUCCUUACGAAAUUUGCAGUCAUUUGAGUGAAAAUGGGUCACAAAAGGCUGAGGUUUUUUGCUCCCGAGAAGCUCGAAGAUCACAUUAACGAAGGAAGGUCGAGUAAAAGAGAAGAAGACAGAGCUUAGUUUUCAUAAUGGCUACCCUGGCCGAAAGAAAAUUGUUUGACAUAACAGAAUAAAGCAUGCAAUAUAAUGAAGAAUAUUCGCUGUGAUUGACAUAUAUCUCAUGUAUACCUAUUUUUCGUUUUCUGUGUAAUACGUUACUUUUUCUUGAAACUGAUGAGUUUCAGGGCAGGUGGGCCAUAAUAGGACCAUAACGAAGGACUUUAUCGAAAGUUAGAUUGAGUUAAAAAGUUGCAGACACGUUUUUAAAACUAGAAAUUCUUCUAUUAAGGGGGCCGUGUCACGGUUGUUUAGUUCAUUUUGUUUAUAAUGCCAUUUAUGAGCCCUUCUUCGCUUUGAAAUUUGAGAAAUAACCAUAACGGUCGAUGAAUGACAAAAUCACAGCUUUUUGUCAAAGCAAAACAUGUCUCCUAAACUUUAUAUCAAUGGUUACAAACAACAAAAAUGAGCUUUGGAAAACAGCUAGGCUAAUAAAGCCACAAUUGCAGUCUGUUUCAAUCUUCUUUAAGUUCAUCCAUCCGUGCUUCCUUUUUAUCAGCUGUGCGUUCUUCUAACUUUUCGAGCUGUUAUUUUAAAGUUUCACUUAAUUUGGUGGUAGUUCCCACUGACUGGAUUUUGAUAAAUUUUGUGGCAUUGAGUCAGGCUUAAUUACUAUCAACGAUUUGCUUUUAGAAUAACGGCAAGGCAGGGUAUAAUGUUGGGGACAGCAUGGACCAUUAUGAUGGUAACCGUGGAGACAAUAUUUCAGAAUUCCGGCAACUACCAAUGGUAAGAAUGAGUUUAGGACAAUGUAUAACAUAUCUUUAUGAGAAAACAAAGAAUUAAUAAAUGUAGUCAAUUGAAUUGUGAUAAAAGAGCUUGUCUCCGUCAUUAAAUUAGUAGAUUAAUAAUAAUAAUAAUAAUAAUAUCUACUUCGAAAAAGAACAGAGUUUAUUCUGAUGUACACAACACGUGCCGAGACAAAUUACUUCAUCUAAUAGCACAAUACAACCAAUCAUAACAGUAGAAAUUAAAAGCAAAAUAGUUGCUUGAUUUUAACUAAUAAAGUCUAUUGAGAAAGACAAACAGGUGUGCCUAUACUAGACUUAGAUAAGCGCAAAAGUGUUAUUAACUUAAUGUUUAUAGCUUUACAGAGUUUUGUGAUUUCAAAACUAAACCUUUUUAUAUUACCAGGAGUUCUACAUGAGUGGAUGCGACGAAAAAGCCAAAACCGAGGUGGAAAUCAUGUGGACAAAUCAACACGGGACAGGGCCAAAAACCGACGACAGGGUGGAGUCACAAGUCAUCUUACAGUACAUGUGUCAACCGUACCCUAAGGGAAAGAUGGCUUCAGAUGAUGUGAACACAGAGUUUGAAUAUCACACUAUUCGGAAUGGCCAAGAAAGAAACACUCAAAAUUUUAGGAACCGAAAGAGCGAGAAUUCAUUUAUCCGAAAAGACCUCGGACUCCAUGAGCCUCUAAAUUACUACCAAGCAUACUUCCGCAGAGAACGAAAUAAAGGUGAGAAAUAGCCCUGCAUGAGUAUGAAGUCCUUUGUUAGCCUCCUGUCGCUGUUUCCAAACUUGUAAACUUUUGUAAACUGAAGCAUGUCAAAUUUUUAAACAAGACUACUUAAUAUUUGGAACCUAAUUUUACAGGUUUGUUUACUGCUGACAGAAGACUGAGGCGUGAUCAAGCAACUCGCACACGACAAAAUUCACGAGGAACAAGGAGGGGCCUGGAGGUACCUGAGGAGCGUGAUUACUAUCCAUACUGGGGCCCCACCCCGUGGAACGACAUUGCCAUCAUGGUCAGCAAUAAUAAAACACUGGAUUUAAUGAAGAGAUAUAUAGAAAGUUCUGAAUAUUGGCAGAAAUGUGAGUUUAAACGCAACUGAUCAUAUUCCUUUAAUCAGUGUUAAAUACCAUAAGGUAGAACGUUCUUCAUUCAUAGUGCAAAAUACCGUAAAACUCCGAAAACAAGCUCUUUCAUGUAUAUGCCCCUCCAAGUAUAAGCCCCCACCACCCCCCAAACUCGUAACGCAAAAAACCCUCCGUUAAAUCGCCUCUUCAAAUAUAAGUCCCAGGGGGCUUGUACUUGGAAAUUGCUCUCAAAUACAAAGUAAAACAAAGCAAAGACGGUAAAGAUCGCUCGAUAUUGGACAAGUUUUUUUUUGCGAUUUUAUUGGCCGAGAAGAAGUCGAGGUCAGUAUGAACCAAAAAAAGACUGAACGAGCUUGGUCAAUAAAGGAUGUUUCACAUGGUCAAAAAGUGAAAUUUUCUUGCGGCACCAACGUUGGUAGCCAAUCAGAACGCAGGAUUCGCUUCAUCUUGCCCGCUCGCGGAUUCAGCAGAAUUAAAAGGACGGUUAUUGGCCAAGUUCUUUUUUGGCGCUUUUAAAACCGAGAAAAAAAGUCAAAAAUCAAUAUCGAUAUCAAAGCCAUCCUGGUCAACAGAGAAUUCUUUAAGUGGCCCAAAAGACAUUUGUUCUUGCGGGACAGAAAGCGGGCACGACAUACCCAUCUUUCCCUCUCAGCUAGCCAAUCAGAUUGGAGCAUUCGCUUCAUUUCAUCGCGCGCUCGAGAGACCAUCCGCAUAAUUAGUAUUGUACCAUUUUGUUCUUAUUCCGUUUUCAGAUAUGUGCAUUAUGCCAACCAGAUCACGAGGGAAUCAAAUUUGUCCCAACGACCUCAGUAAUGCUCCUGCUAAAAAGUGCGUUGCUAAGCACAUUACGGCAGAAUCAUGUGAAGCUGUCCGUGGCCGGGAAUGGAAAAAGUUCAUCACAAACUUUAUUGAGAAAAACGCCGAAAAUUUAACCAGGUGUCUUGGCCAGGGAGACAUGAGGCUGGUAAAAGGCGUACCGUAUGAACCACACAAACUUUCACAAGGCUCUGAUCAAGAGGAACAGUUUGUUCUGCUCCAGAAAAGACCAGAGGUGAUCUUUGCUCCUUCCACUGUUGUGAACCAGAACGGAAUGAACAUGGAAGGCAAGUUUUCAUCAUUUAAAUGGAAGGUGCCUUUCUUUCCUUCUAACGUAAAGCAAAGAUGCGUGUUACGUAUAAGGUAAGGCAAUGAACUUUAAUUAUACACCCAUCUGUUUCAAAGUUUUCCAUUAAACACUAACCCAGUUUUGAAGAACUGACUAGUAUUAUAAAAUUAAGCGAUAUGUUAGACAUGAGAGACGGAUGUUUUCAAUACGCUCAAUCCAACCACCAAAUAGUGGGUUGUAAAAUAACAGGGGCAGCCUCUGUCAAGAUCACAUCCAGAUGCCAAAUAGAAGAUUCAAACAUCCCUGUAGUUUGUUACGUUUUUCUUUUUUGACCAGUUAUGCAAGCUUUUUAAGCUCUCAUAAUAAAACAUCACGUCAAAAUUCCAGGGCAAAAUGAGUGUCAGUAAACGCGGGGUCGGGGUCUAUCUUUUUUUUAGAGAAUGCUGUUUUAGGGUUAGGGUAACGUUAGGGUUAGGAUUAGUGUCAAGGCUAACCCUAACCCUAAAACAGCAUUUUAUGAAAAAAGAUCGACCCCGACCCCGCGUUUUACUGACACUCGGGCAAAAUUUAUGUACGUGAACAGGUUCAUCAGAUAGGUCAGUGUCUUGUGUUCUCAUCCCCACUUCUAAUCAAGGUAGUUCCUCACUUCUUCGCAUGUUAUGAUCACUUUCCUUAAGUUUCUUAAGUUGUUUUGCGUUCGCUUUCGAUUAUUUUUAGACUAACAGGGAUCUUUUACUCAAUUUUGACUCAGAUACAAUAUUACCAGUGCUGACGUUCCACGUGAGUUUAGUGCCAAAGACAAUCAAAAGUAAGUACUUCGUCAAGGCUUCUACAUACCCUUAAGGCUAAGGGGUUUUCCUCUUUACCGUGUAGACUUCAUUUGAUGUUUUAAACUUCACUGGAUAACUUGAGGAAUUCAAAUUUCUCCCCAUCCCAUGUACAUGGCAUGAAAAAAAAAUACCGGGUACUUUUUUAUCACUGCAGAUUAAAGAAUGAUCCAACAACACUGGCUGUGGAUGGUAACACGACCCUCCAACUCGCCUUAAACACAGCCCAGGUCGGCAGAACAUUCCAAGACAGAACUCAUGUGAUCUUACUAAAGCCACGAACACUUCUUCCUGCGAAGUACCAGAAUUCUAAAAUUGUCUACAUCGGGGGAAUGGGGAAGAGAGGUAACAUUGUGCAAACCUACCCUGCGAUGGAAUAUCGCUUCACUCCCGAGAGAAUUUCAGUGACAACCGACGAUGUACUUUGUUUUGUUUGGUCAGGUGAGUUAACUUGAAACAAUGCGCCCAUACGCAAUGUGGCCAAUAAACAGCUAAGAUGGAUUUUUGUUGUCUCCCUAAGGUUCAAACAACAAUAGAAGGAACCAAGCUGGUGAAGGGAAAGAUCGUGAGUAUAAUAUUUCUCUUUAGACAUCGGUCCAUCUUUGGCAGGGUUACUAAAUUAAUAAAAAUUUUCCAAAAGAGAUCAAUGGAAUCUCCUCUUUCAACAUAUUUAUGUCAGUAAGACAAAUUGACGAAAAUAAUAGCCUUUCGAUCCUCAAAGUGCUACUGUUAAAUGCAAUCUGCUACAUGCAUAACACAGAUCUCCUCCUUCCCACCCAAAGUUGUUACACCAAGGUUUUUAAAUGUCUCGCGUCGGCGUGGUUUAUUUAACACUUAUUUUUCCAAGAGAAGUAACUUAAACCUGCAUGCAACGUUUGUGUAAGACUAAUGUCAGCGACUCCUCUCAUUUCAGGCACAGAUCGCACCAACGUAUGUUGGGUAAAGGAAGGAUGUAGUUCUCUCAAACCCGAAAAUUGUUCCAGCUUGCCUCUUGAAGUCGUUGAUCACGUAGACGAAUUUGAUGCUAACAAGUUGAAUCUACACCUCAACAAAGGGUGUUACACCGGUGACAAUUUACAGGCUCAGCUUGACAACGCGCCAGCCUCCUGUAAUCCACCGUGUUUCCGCAUCACGAAGCCUGGGGAGUACUGUUAUAUGAGCACGCGCAAUAACAACUUCUCCAACCGACGUCACAUGGGACAGAUCACUGUGACUCAGGCUGUCUCUGCCUGAUUCCAUUCGUAUUUUCUGGCUGUUCUUUUACUCCAUGAUGGCGUCGAGAAGAUAGAAACUCCCGUUGAUGAUUUGUGUCAUUGGCAAGAUUGUAGGGAGUACGUGUAAAAAUAACCAUAUUCAAACUGCACACCGAGAUAAGUUACUAAAAUGUGGUCUGGCAGUAAAUCCAUUUCAGCAUAGUCCAGUCGUAAGAAAUUGAUAUACUUGCGGUCACUCUAACCCCCCUGGUUGGCAUUUUUAAUAAACUUAGAAAGACUCUUUUAUUCAAAUAUCUACAUUUAACUGCGGUUUCCUUACUUGCCGAGCCUCACGACCCCCACCUCCCCCACCCCCUUCUUCCCCGGCGCUUUAGCUCGUGAAAUCCCUAACUUUCAUGCUUCCAGUAACUUUAGAAACAUACUCCUUUCGGAUUCAGAUCCCCUGUAUAGUCAGGAGCUGGUCUAGUUCGCUAUAGCUAUUCGAUCGGAUGAAAUCCCGUGGAAGGGAGGGAUCAGUGGUCUACUUUGUAUGGCUGAUCUGUUUUUACUAAGCGGGAUAAACUUCGCAGAGAAAGCAAAGAAACAUAUGAACGACCAAAAACCAAACAGACCAUCGAGAGAAAGUUCUUGGUGGGUCCAAUCAAAUAGAAGACAAGGUGAUUCCAAAUAUAUAUUACGCGCGCAUUAACACCUAAAGAAUUUGUUCAAUGAACUGAUGAACCCCUCUAUUUAGAAUUAUAUCAGUAUACAAUUUAUUAAAAAUAUUUCAGCUCGUGUGAUUUUUGGGAAAAUUUUUAAACAAAGUAACUUACAUACCCAAUGAUGAAAUUCGAGUCCUCCUUCUUAAAAUAGCUUUUGCAAUACUGUAUGUACAUAUAUGGUCAUACAAAUAAAGUUUGCUGCUGUUGUUGUUGUUUCGAUUCUUUGACAUUUUUUACGCUAAGUAAGUUAUUUCUCCAGUAAUAUCAUAGGUGACGAAUUACUCCUUAAUUUUGGUGCGAAAUUUUCUCAGUUAAUUUGUAAUUACAAAAUUGCCAUGGCAACCUUCCGUACAUCUCAGUGUCAAGAUGGCGAAGAAGUUUUAAAAUGUCAUGAAUGAAGAUGCCAGGGCAUAUAAAGACGCUUUAGAAAACCUGAACACACCAAAGAGCACAUCAAGAAGGAUUCUAACAGGUAUUUUGUCGAAAAAUUCUAAACUUGAGUCAUAUUUAAGCUCUAAACGUUCGAGAGAGUGGACUUCUCGAUCGAUGCGAUCCAGGAUAAACAUGUCAAAAAUCCAAGAUUGCUAGCGUAAUUCGUCACCCAUGAUGGUAACAGGUAAUCGAAUGGUAUACUCGUGAAAUUAGGGAAUAAUAGCCUUUUUUACAGUUACAGUUGCAAACGAGGCUGGAGUUGACCUUGUUUUGAUACAAUCCUUCUUGCUUUAUUAUGCAAAACUUGUUCUUGUUAUGCUAACUAGUAUUUUUUAAGCAAAAUUUCCAUUAGAAAAGGAAGGACGUUUAUAUCAAAACAAGGUCAACCUCAGCCUCACGUUCACUCAAAGGCUAAGACACCAAGCCCACAACUGUAAAAUGGCCUAUUUCACUUGCGUUUUGUCCAAAUCCUAAUAAUUUCCCUCACCUAAAGGCUCGGGAAAUUAUAAGGAUUUGGACAAAACGCGCGUGAAAUUAUUCCCUAAUUUCACUCGUCACCAUUUGAUUGCACAAACGAAACUGUCGGCUGUAUUUGACUGAGCUUCCCCGUUUCUCCGGCGUGAGAGACGGCAUCACGCCGUAGCAAUGGAUGGGAAACUGAUCGAUGCUACGGUUACGGAUCGCACUCGUACAAGAAAGAGCAAAUUUGAUAUAAAAAAAAUUCAUAAAUACCCAGUAGCCAUUCUCUCAAUCCUCAAGGUAAUAUAAGAAGAAGGGAAUUGAUUUGAAUGUCGCCUCAAACAAAAGCAAUGCUAAAUGAUGAUGUGAAGAAGAAUCUUAGGUUUUGUAGAGUGCAGCGGCUUUUGAAUGACUGACGUAGUUAAUUCAUCGUCUCCUGUACUUCUAAAAUUCCAGGAAUAAAAAUGAUGAUUUAUUUAGCUUCCUAGUAGUGUUUUUAUAGAAAAAAACAAUAGUCUUGCUUCAGAGAUUACUAGGAAAGUAACAGGUCGAAGAUUUGUUCAUUUCUUUCUUGUUUAUUGUUUUAAUUUUCUGUUGUUUUGAGUAAUUGGUUUAGUUUUUUAAAAGAACUCCGCUUUUAGCCUUGGCUAAAUCUAUAUAUCGUAAAAAAUUCUAAUGAACAUGAAUUUUCGCAAAAAGACGAACAAAAAUCGACCGUGCAGAACUUUGUUAAAAUGAAAUACAAGGUUUUUAACUUAGAAAACAUCGGCAACAAUCCAUUUCACGACACGAAAUUGUUACCAAACAAAGACUCAGUUUGCAAUUCCAUAAAAAUUACCCAUUUUCUCGUUUGCAUUUAGAUUAAGUGACACUCUCCACGAGCAGUUUCGUUACUCGUGUACUGUUAUUAAAGGAAAGAGGCCGGCAUCGUGAAGGCAUGCAAACGCUCAAGGAUCUGUGUACUUCGGUUUAACCAUGUAUUUGUACAACUGUCCACUGUUGCUUUUGUUGACAACUGCUUUUAUUUUAGCUGCUUUUGUUUUACAUUUCUUUAUUAACAAGUUUAGUAAAGAGGAAUUCAUUAUUUAGCAGUGCUAUAGAAAUGAAUACUCCGCGGACGUUUUUGAAACUGUCCAAAACAAUUACAGCACUUGUUUUGUCAAGUCUGAAAAACAAUCUUGCUUCGUGCUAGAAAUUCAAAUUAACCUUGAUCAAACACUGUUGUUCUCUAUUUUCCAGGUGAACAUUCUCUAAAUUUCCCAACCUUAAAAAAAUGAACAACAAACGAAAAGUUAAGGGAAAUCUUGAUUACGAGUUGCAAGUUGAAAUUUUCAUGCCCUUUGCCAUUAACCCAAAACGAGAUUCUAAAUCUUUUUAAUGUUAGUAAGGGAGACUGGUUAUAAAAGCCGCAGGAUGAAAAAAGGGCGACAACAGCGGUGUCCAAUUUUAGGUUGGGAUAUAGGUGGCCGCUUAAAAUUCUUUGUGUUUUGUUCACAACCGGCGUUUGAACAAAUUAAGGCGAAGUUUCUCAUUGGUCAAGUUAUAAAUGAUAGGAAUGCUAAUAAACAUCGUUCAGGAUCAAGUGCAACACAAAUAACCCUCAGGGAAUAAAAAAAUAUAACAAAGAAGUGUCACGGGCGUCAUAACUAUUGCACCUUAUUCACUGGGGCUGAUGUAAUCUAGAUUGACAAUCAAGUACGACAUAGUAAUUUUAAUGUUAUUUGCGUCCUCUUGAAGUGAAGUCACUUUUUACAACUUGAACUCAACCGUAAACCGUAAAAAACUUGUUUGUGUUUUGUUUUAUUUUUUUGUUUUUUCACUCUAACUAUUAUUUCUUCAUCUAUGCCUUUCUUCCUUUCAUUUUAUAAUUUUGCUUUCCUCUUUUUGUUUUGAUGUGAAACAUCACCUUUUUGUGGGUGUUACCGGUAGCAACUUACGACUGCUGUUUUUGAAGUCAGCCAGUCACAAUAGACGAAUGUUUUUUGUCUUCAUUUUUGUUUGUUUUGUUGUUGUACUUAAUUUGUUUUGCGUUUGAAUGAAAAAAAAAUCAGUCAACUGGUUUUUUUAUUGUGCUGUUAUCGCUUUAUCACCGACAUGAUUACAUGCUAGCGUAUUCAUAAGUGUUACCUUAUUUAAUGCUUACUUUAGUGUUACUUGUUUUCCAAUGCUGUAAAUAACUAAAGCCAUUAUGCUGACUUCUUGUUUAGACCAUUUCAUUAUUUUCUCUUGAAUUCCCUAUGAUGCCUGCUUUUUCUUCUUCGCAUUCAUGACGGAAAGAUGUAUGUCGCAGUCACAAAUGACCUAAUUAAUCAGUUGUUUCAUCAAGCCCAGGAACUUGCCAAGAACAAUUAAAUUGAUCAGCAAUUGUUUGCCACUGAUUCCCAGUGUGGUUACAUUAUAUAAAUAUUCAAACAAAGUUGCAAGCUAUAAAAACUUUGUUCACAGAAAAGACAGAAGAAGCUCUUGAGGACAUCAGUUUGUGUCGAGUUCAAGAAGGUCUGACUUGCAGCUUAUUGAAAAGGCUCAGAGCAUUCCAGUGGAAGAUACAGAACUUAAGGUGGUGGUGAGUAAACUUAACAAAAGUUUCCAAACCGGAAUGAUUUCAAGACAUAGAGCUCAGUUAAUACCAGAGUUUAUCUUAGUUGCUUCCCAGGUUAAGAUUCUGUUGCUUGGUCUGUUAUCAUUGUUAUUGAAACACAACAAAGUUCAUUAAAAUUAAACCGUGAAAUAAGCCCAGAUAAAAGUCAGGUUUUCGUUUUUAAACCUUCUCGCCACUGAUAGAAUAAUUUUUUGAAAAAUAUCUUUUGACCAAGAACCAACCUUAGGACUAAAAGUCGAGCGAGGCGAGUUAGGUAGAGAUUGCAUUCCUGGCAAACCCUCCUUCAUAACAUUUGGAUUUUAAGUCUGGGCGACCAAAAAAGGCCGUUGUUGUCACAUUAUCAGUGUUACCAAAUUUCAGCCAUCGUGGUAAAUGGUAAAUGUUAAAUGUUAGUUCUGUCGAGUUCUCAGCUGUUUUACUGCGUGUUUGUAUUUCAACAGACGAUGAAGACCAUUUUCAUUUGGGGCUGUCUGAUGGCAGCUAUUUUCGCGCCUUGUUCGUCAGACAUAUACUUGCAUUUUCCCCCAGGAUCCAAUAAUCGACUAAACGGUAACCAAGACAACGUCAGAAACGCCAACAGACUAUUCGAUUCGCAGGUAAGACGGCAGUUACACACUUUUUGCAAAAUUCAGUGUCUCGUUAGCUUCCGAGGCAUUCAAAAUAAGAGAAAUACUCCGCCAUAAUUAAAACUCUUGGCCAAAACCCGGGUCACUCCUCACGAUUCUACAGCGUAAAUACCAUCUGCCUGCGAAAGCGAAGAUAAUAAAUUUACUGUAUUGACUUUUGCGCUUCGAAAUGGGCAAAUCAGCCUUAAGACUUAAUAUCUAAAAGUUGAAAUAUUUUAAAAAGGAUUCAACUCAUCACCGAUUAAGAUCUAGACAUAAUUAUGCCUUAUUCUUCAUAAUAAAACUGAGUAUCAUCUUAGGUGCCGGAAAAGUCUUGUUUUCUUUGAUUUGGUUUAACCUUCUUUUCUAGAAUAAUGGAAAGGCCGGGUACAAUGUUGGAGACAAGCUGAACAGUAACCCAGGAGAUAACAUUCAGGAAUUCAGACAGCUGCCAAUGGUAAUUAAUAACCUCUUGGUUCGUUUUGAUAGCCUGCUGUUAGAACAGGGUAGCAUAGUGAACAAAAGACGACGUUGAAUUCCUUUUUGAUCAGACGACUUUAUCCGUCAUCAGAGUAAAGUCAAUUAUAUGCACUUGGGAACUGAAAUACAAACACUCCAGUCCCUGCAGUUAGGUCUUCGUAUUCAUAAUUGCUUUCGCGUGUCAGUUGUUGCUUGUCGUUCUUAAUCGCUGGAGACGUUUCGGAAAAUGUCCCAAACGAUGACGUUUCGCAAAACGCCCCAAAGUGCGCUUACUAACAAAAACUCAAAAAUGCCCUUUCUUUUAAUUUCAUCCUUUUUCAAACGAUACACCAGGAGUUCUACAUGGGUGGAUGUGACAAGAAAGCCAAAACCGAAAUGGAAAUCAUGUGGACAAAUCAACAUGGAACCGGACCAAAACCCGACGACAGGGUGGAGUCACAAGUCAUCUUACAGUACAUGUGUCAACCGUACCCUAAGGGAAAGAUGACUACAAAUGAUGUCAACAGAGAAUUCGAAUAUCACACUAUCCGCAAUGGCCAGACUAUAAACACCCAACGUUUUGUAAAUGGAGCGAGAGAGAAUUCCUUCAUCAGAAGAGAUUUUGGACUCCACGAGCCUCUCAAUUAUUACCAAGCAUAUUUCCGCAGAGAACGAAACAAAGGUGAGAAGUUUAUGCACGUCUUUUGCGCCAUAAUGUAUCUGUAGCAUCCUGGAUCAUGAGCUGCGGCAAUUUGCCUGACAUUUAUAUGUCCAGCAGUUAGAAAUGGAAAAAAGAGGGGCCGGAAGAGAGACUGGUCUAAACAUCCUGCCAUUUUAUAGCAUCUCACAUUUGAGGUAGUUUGAGUGAUGCUAAGGAUAGGUAGCUCAGACAGCUGUGGGGUUCACUUCAAACACUACAAUUAACUUGAAUCAAAAGCUUCUCAUAUAUACUUUUGAGCCUUGAAGACUAGGAUGUUAUCUGAUUUAGGACCCAGGGACAACCUGCAGCAUGUAAAAUUACUUGCAGUUGCUAAAUUCAACUUUUAUUAACCCCAAAACUGAUUCUCGUAAUUCUUAAGCACUGAGAGCGGUAAUGUGACAUACCUUUCAACAUGCAUCAAUCAUGAAAUUUCGCAUCGAAAUUUAACUCUUUGUGUUGGAUCUUUGUGUCUCAACUCGUGCGCUUCUGUAAUUGAAAUCUCCAUUAACUGAAACUUGUUUUAACUGACUACAGGUUUGUUUACCGCUGAUCAAAAACUCAAAGGUGAUUUGCCAAUCUACACGAGGCAAAAUCCAGCAGGAACGAGGAGGGGCCUGGAAGUACCUGAGGAGCGUGAUUACUAUCCAUACUGGGGCCCCACCCCGUGGAAUGACAUUGCCAUCAUGGUCAGCGAUAAUAAAACAUUGAAUUUAAUGAAGAACCAUGUUAAUAGUCCUCAAUAUGGCCAAAAAUGUAAGUUUUCACCUUACUUUUUGUUGGUAAUUGCUCUAUGGCGUUAACUGGCGCUGUAAAUGGUAGUGAGUUUAUUUACCGCAACAUUUCCAUAGGUGUGCAGGCCUUUAUUCUUCUUACAUAAACCAUCUAAAAUAACAUUCUGAUUACUAGACAAAACAAAAGCUGAAAGAGGCCUAGAUUCAAGAGUUUCUUUUGUGGAGAACAAAACAAAACGUUACCCAUUUCGGUUACGAAAUAUAUACUUUUUCACUACAUUGAAACGACGCGUUUUGACUUCGGUCUAAUUAUUCUUCAACGCUUAACUUGUCACCUUAUUUGACUCACCGUUAAAAAAAGAAAUCAGUCAAUUAAAAAAUGAUGAUAAUUGAAGAAUUUUCAGUUCUUAUCAUACUUUAGCUUAGAGUGUUUAUGCCUAUAUCUUUCCUACGCUUCAAAGCUGCAAGGCUGAAUACUGACUCCGCCCUCAUUACCUUUCGAGAAUGGCCCGGCCCUUCGAUCUUCCUACGUAAAAAGACCUCUGCUGGCACAGUACCUGAAAACCAACCCUUACCUGGCCUUCUUUUCUUUAGAUUUGUGUAUUAUGCCAUCCACACUGGGGAAACAGACCUGCCCCAGAAAUCAUGACAACAAGUUGGCUGAAAAAUGUGUUGCCAAGUACAUCACAGCGAAAUUGUGUAAAGCAGCUGGUGGCAUCUGGAAAAAGUUCAUCACCAACUACGUGGAAAAAACAGCAGGAAUUUUGAGCACCUGUCAUGACCAGGGAGACAUGAAGCUGGCAAGAGGUGUUCCAUAUGAACCUCAUAAGCUUUCACAAGGAGCUGAUCAAAAGAAACAGUUUGUCCUCCUUCAAAAACGCCCGGAUGUUAUCUAUGCGCCUUCCACUGUCGUUAAUCAUAACGGAAUAAAUAUGGAGGGCAAGUUUUCUUCUUACAAGUGGAAAGUUCCUUGUUUUCCAACCAACACAACACAACGCUGCGUUUUACGUAUUAGGUAAGUGGUAUGUUAGUAGGUUUCAAUACUGACGUAUACUGACAACUUUGCGCAUGCACUGAGACCAAAUAUAUAAUGGAUUGAAAUAUACCUAUAAUGCGCGCAAACAAUGAGAGAGAUAUUUAACCAGAAUAGGAUUUGAUCUAGCCGUUUAAUACAAUUUUGAACUUUAUUAUGUAACUUGAUAGAUACAACAUAACCAGUGAUGAUGUUCCCCGCGAGUUCAACGCCAGUGAUAAUGCAAGGUUAGUAAGCGCAGAUUUUGUCAUAGCUAAUAAGCUUCAAUAAAAAUAUAAAGCGCACAAAGCUAUCGGAACGUUAGCACUGAAUUUAAGUAUUGAACAGCAAAGCUCACUAUUGCUGUUGAUAGACAACUGUGCAAAAAAACAGGAAGUUUUAUUAAUGGCGAAUUUUGACCAUGAGUUUGGUAUUUACCAUUUCAGCCUUUGGUCCUGACUUCACUUUUUCAGUUUUUAUUGGAUAAUACUAUCCACCGGAUAAAUCACUAUUCAUUCUUAGGGAAACCAAUUGCGUUAUCCACUAAAUAGUGAUUUAUUUAAUAUAUAGAUAGCACUAUCCACUUGUAGAACACCUGGGGCCGAUCAGUUGCCAUACAGUUCCCUAAGCCCAGUCUAAGUAAAGCCUUUGGGAGUCCUCUCGUAGAGACUAGUGGUAAAUCUCGCGGAAACUAAAUUUGUCCACUAUCUCCCCCAACCGAAAUUUGCUCGCUACUCUUUACCGAACAACUCUUUCGGAAACAUUAAGAUUGUCUUUUGUUUUUGUGCUUUUGUAGAGUUAAGAAUAACCCGAAAACCAAGGCUGUUGAUGGUAAAACGGAUCUUCAGCUUGCCUUAAAUACCGCCCAGGUUGGACGAACAUUCCAGGACAGAAGUCACGUGAUCAUUCUUAAACCACGCAGUCUUCUUCCUGCCAAAUACCAACAUUCCAAUAUAUAUUACAUUGGAGGGAUGGGUAAAAGAGGAAACAUUGUACAGGUUUACCCCGCCAUGGAAUAUCGCUUCACUCCUGAACGCAUUUCAGUAACUACCAAAGAUGUUAUCUGCUUCGUAUGGUCGGGUGAGUUUGGAGAUAUUCAAGAGAUUCUUUUAGUGUUAGGUUUUUGGGGUCAGCCGUAUCUGAUCUCUUAAGACAAAGGUGUGCAUUCAUGAGAAUUUAGUCUUUCUUACAGAGCCUGAGUUGACGAAGGUCUUUCAAUAGACGGUACAGCGUUCGACCCUAUUUUUCUGAACAUCAAUCGAAGAUGCUUUAAGAGUCAGUAGCCUUAUAUAUUGCCACAAUUGCAAGAUCGUUCAGUCCAGAAAUCACAUGAAGCAAACAAACACGUUCUUAAAUUACACAAACAGCAUCCAAUCUCUCAUUUUCAUUAUAUUUCUUUGUAUAGGUUCAAACAACAAUCCAAACAAUCGUGAUGGACAAGGAAGAGCACGUAAGUUAAAUGUUUCUAUUAAAAAUCAAUUCUUGCUAAUUUUGCGACUUCGGAUUUGCUGAAGUAUUUGACGUGGUUACACAGUAGAAAUUAGAGUUCUAGCCAGUGGCUUCGGACCUCGAAUGAGAAUCAGGCCAUAGAUCUCUUUCAAAUGAAGUUACGGAGGCCGUGUUGACAAACGUCAGCCAUGUUGGUGCCCAAAAAGAGGCCCGUAUGGAAUAAACCUUUUCCUCAUGCAAAGCAUUUUUCCCCCAGAUAUUUGGAUCAGGCUUUGAUUUAUUGGGCCUCGUAAAAGAAGCACUGAAUUUCUUUCUUUGUUAAUAUGCCAACUCACAUAAUACAGAAAAUGUGCCAGCUAUUAUUUUUCUUAAAUCUGAUGAGAAUGCCACCAUAACUGUGCAACACUUGGGUCAGAUACUCUGUAAGUAAAUGAUAUAUGACACCAAACAACAAACAUCAAAAUAGUAUAUUCUCCUUAAUAGAACCAGAAACUAUAGAGUGUUUACACCUGACGUCACGGCGACCAUGUUGGUGUACCAAGACAAUCCUGUGGGAGUUGAACUCUUUUCUUACAUAAUAAAUUAGCAUAGAUGCUGGCCACGUGAGUGAAAACGCUCUAUACAUUCAUGGGUCGCAUCCGGUGGGUCCCAUGUAUGUGGUACAAAGCAGGAUGAUUUAAAAAAUGACCUGCAGCACUGGCCUAGUGCUAGUGCCAAAACCAAACUGAAAAUUUAAAUUACACCAACAGAGCUAUUUCUGAAAACGACGAUAAUUAUGCUCAUAAAAAUGAUGAAUAAUGCCAAAACUUUUGUUUCCACAUGGAGCUGCUGACAACGAGAAUGAAGACGUUAUAUUGUUAUGUACUUCAUUUGGCUUCGUCUCCAAAUUUGACGAACAGUUUUGUUUGCACUUCAGGCACAGAUCGCACUAACGUAUGUUGGGUAAAGGAAGGAUGCAGUUCUCUCAAACCCAAAGCUUGCUCCAGCUUGCCUCUUGAUGUCGUUGAUCACGUGGACCGCCAGUUUGACGCCAAAGAGUUGAACCUUCACCUCAACACAGGUUGUUACACUGGUGACAAACUGCAGGCUCAGCUUGAUAACGCGCCAGCCUCCUGUAAUCCGCCAUGUUUUCGCAUCACAAAGCCUGGAGAGUACUGUUAUAUGAGCACGCGCAAUAACAACUUCUCCAACCGACGUCACAUGGGACAGAUUACAGUCACCCAGGGCGCAUUAUCUUCGUAACAAAACUCUACUUUAUUAUUGCUCUCUUAAUGCACAUGGUUUGUAAUAGUUAGUAACAUUGACAAUAUCAUGAGUGUAAGUUAACUUGGUUUGGACAUAGUUAUUAGAGGAGACUGGUUAUGAAAAGCGGCAAACAUCAAUGAUAAAAACAACAGUGCUGUAGUUUAUGUUCAAAGCACCGUGAAAGUGCACAAUCCUUUGUUUUCUGUUGGCAAAUUGUUACGGAAUAAAUUAAUGCAACGUUUUUAUUGGUCAAUACAAUCAAAAUGAUAGGAAUUCUUUUGAACGUUGUGCACUUUCAGGUCCACAAAAACAUAUAACAAAGGAGUCUGACGGGUUUCAUAACCAUUCCACUCAAUUAACUAUGGUUUGGAAGAAUUUAUUUGUUGUGAACGUUGUGAUUACUACUAAAAGAUGUCCAAUUUGUUGCCUUGAACUCAGCUACAAGCGCUGAAUCUGACAGCUAUAACUGAAGGACUAACUAUCGCCACUUUUUAACAAAUAGUCCCGUGCGAAUCUAAUGGAAUGAUUAUAAUGUAAGAAUUAUAGAUUAUAACUAUCUGGCAUAUUCAAUAAAAGUACCUGAAUUGCAAUUGAAUGCUUUAAUGCUCUUACUUGUGCAAACGAUAUAUUUACUGAGAAUUCAGUCGUGACACAAUUAUCCCUCUAAGCUCUAGUUGACCUUUAGGAGUAGAGGAAAGAAGGUCAAAAAAUAUAUCAAAUCCUACCGAGUUUUUUUAUGGCGGUUGCGUCAAUUUUAAGCUUUUAAAAAUGGUCCAUAAUUCCUCUAUGCCCUCUUCAAAAAGAGUUUCUGUCUGAAAACAUUCAUCAUCAUCGGUCGGCUGCAGAGCAGGCGACUACGAGCUUCCUCCAGCCACAACCGAUGAUCCUGUGCCAAUUCAGACAGCUUGCCCGGGCCAAUCAUGUUGUCUGUGUCUCCCGAAAGGAGCUGAAUGUAUCUGAGAAACAGGGUUCGUUACCUUCCUGGUUUUCUCUUCCUGUGUGGUGGAAACAUAAAUAUUGCUGGGAACAUAAACAAAUGAAAGAGACUUUAAGGUUUACGAUAUCUUUUAAAACAGUUGGUCAUGAAUAUUUAAGUAAGAGAUAAAGCCCGAGAACGGAGGUAUUAAGCCAUAUACAUCCCGAGGGCCUACGGCCCGAGGGAUGUAUAUGGAUUAAUACCGACGUUCGAGGGGUUUAUCUAACUUAUUUCAUGAUAUUAUUCAUGAGGUAUAGGUUACAUAAAGGUCGUCUUUCACAGGGCAAUAAUUGGCCACUUGUUUUUGACAUCUGUUUGUUUGUCAUUUUUUGAUCCGACCGCAGACAAUGACGUAUUUCAUUGUAAGUAUUGUAAAGGUUUUCACACAGCAUCGAGAAAGGGCGUUUCACGGGUCAUAGUUUGUUCAAACCACUUGUUCUCACGGAGAACAAUAGCGCAUUGUUUGUCUGCUAAGCCGACAACAAUCAAAUUUCAAACCUUUUGUGUUUUCUUAUUUUUGUCUUGGUAUUUUUUGGGGGGCCGGUACACUUGAGAGAGCGGCAAUGGAUAGUGACGACGAAAUUUUCCUAACGCAAAAUACUCUCAGGAGCCUUUUUCCCCUGAGUUGAAUUUGGAAGAGUUAGUGGGAGUCUUUAGAAAACAAUGUAUUCUACCUCACUCCACGACAGAAAUACAAGUCUACGUACGGAUGAAGGUAUGAUACCUAUAAAUAUAGAUCAUUUACAAUUCGGGUGCAAGAGGAUAAAAAUGUCAGUCAGUUUUAAUGGUCGCAAGCCGGAGACGGUAAUUAGAAGUUUCAGUUUUGUUUCAUAUUUUUAUUUUCACUGUUAAUUUUUGCAGUUUGGUUUACAUCGACUCCUGUUGGACAUAACAAGCUUGGAAACGUUGUUAGAAAAAUGUGUAAAGACGCAGACCUACAGGGCCAAUUCAGUAAUCACAGUCUGAGGGCCACAACAGCAACACGUGGACUGGAAAAAGGAAUCUCAGAUAAGUUGAUUAUGGAGCGUACGGGCCACCGAGAUAUCAGACCUUAAGUUUUCUUAGAGUGAACCGGCAUAGCCUGUAUGAUAUAUGGGAUACUACUGUAUUUUCUGUAGUUGCAGAAUAAAUUUCUAUAUUUGUGUUAAAGGGAGGAAUUUUCUCAGAAUGUUUGGCGGGUUCAAAGGACGUGUAUGAUUUACUUUAAUUGCUCAUUAUAAAUGGAAGGGAUUUAUUUGUAUAUUGCCCAGGGCAGCAGGGCAAUAUACAAAUAAAUCCCGGGUAUUUAUAUAGAUAUUGUCCUUGCAUUUAUAAUUAGCAAUUUAUUCAAUUCAUCAGCCCCGCUCUUCCCUGCUUCAUUAUCAAGCCCUCCCCGGACUUUCAGUUAGUUAAAUAUUCAUGAAGUAUGUAAGUUAAAUAAAGGAUGUUGAAUAACAAAAGAAAAUGAUAUUUAUAACCGACUGAAAACCAUCGAAUACUGCAAAGAAAACCGCUGUUAAAGUAAUUUUUUGUGAGGGCCUUUGCAAUGAUGUGUUAGUAUUCAUUUGGUUUGUCCUAAAAAGAGCAAAAUGUUUUCUAGCAUCGAUCAUUCUCAUCAGUACCCUAGCUUAAUAAAGUUCAACAUCCAACAAUAAAAAAGCUCAAAUACAAUAUAAUUUCGUUGACACAGAAAGGAUCUCUUGUAGUAAACGUUAACAUACGAGUAAGUGAAACUGACUCAUUACGCUGAACUUGAAUAAGACGUGUUAAAUUGCGGAGGAGCGUUUUCAAAUGCGGAAAAGUCUUGACCAAAAAUAGACAAACAAAAAUAGUGAUAAUAGUGAUAAUACGGGAUACUUGUCUCAGGAUUGCGGAAAAUUUUUCAGGCUUAUAAAUCUUCUGACCGGUAAACGGAGUGUCCAAAAGAAUGUUUAUUAAAUAACUGCAGGGAGUUGUUGUUUUUUAUUAACCGGAGUCUUGACAAAAGAACAUGUUUAUAAAAAUUCUGCUCAUUAGGGUCAUUAGCAACAAAUAAACACUCAAUUCAAUGAUUCCGGGAGUAAAUAAAGUAUUCAAGGAAACAAGUCCAAGGGUUUUUUGUAGCCUUCGUUGUGGCAGGCGCAAAAUAUCAGGAGAGGGAGAAGAGCCGGGACACAAAAAAUUCCCUCUUUUGUUUUUCCUCUUCCCCCAUCUACUUUAGAUGGAUAUGUGUUGGCCGACCAUGACGUUAUGCAAUACAGCGGAAGGUCUAUUUGAAGCACCCCUAAAAACUAUUUAUAUCCCGUUGAGAUAUCUCACUUCAGGUAAACUUUGGUCGUUUCCAAUGUUUUAGGAAUCUUUUCGUCUGGCAACUAAACGGCGAAACUUUGAGCUACACCAUUGCGGGUCUGGUCGAGGACAAGGAGUAGCUUAGGCUCGAUUACCAGUCGCUGUUCGGGAAAAUGAGCCCAAAGACCGGACCCGGGAGACGGCGGAAAUCGAGCCUAGGAGUAGCUCAGUGUUUCUUCAUUGGAAAAAUCUAGGGGAAGUAUUGUCCUUAUGUUAAAAUUUUCAGGAGAGAUUAUCUUUGAGCAAUAAUUGCACUGCCUUGGUAAUAAAAUGUGAAGAAACACAAGUUCGAAGAAUGGAAAUGGUUAUCCAGAGAUUUUUGGGCUUUCUUAGGCUUUAGAGAAUCUUAGGCAAUAUUUGCUCCUUCGAAUGGUUGGUUGCUCCUGUUUGAAAAGCGAACACCAGCCCCAAUAGCUAAAUUAGGAAAUAAUCUUUUAACUCUGAGCUUGUCUCAACUUGAAGAACUCAUCAGUUUCAGUAUUGAAGAAUAUUUUCAACAGGAAUUGUAUGUGAAAGUGGAAAACCCUCUUAAAAUAAGUUGAAGGCAGCUCUUAUUUCAAUACUUCACGUUGGGAUCACUAUAUGACUUGCAAAUGUAUAUUAUGAACAUAGUAUUGCAAAACAUUUUUCAGGCUAUAAACGAUCUUGUCUUUUAUUGCAAAUUGCAGUUAAAAUCGCAGCAGAAGAAUCCUGUUUUCUAUUAGUAUUUUUUGUAAGCAUCCACAGACGUGAUCGAUCAGUUUUUGUUCUUCCCAGUAAAGUCUGAUAACAGUUAAAGUACGCUGUAAAGAGCCUGCGGCUUAAAAAAAGAUAAGAAUAAUAAAAAUCCAAAGAACGUUCAAUCAAAACAAUGGGGGCAAUCGUGGAAAAAAGGGUCCUUUUGGUUGUUCGAAACAACAAUUGGUCUUUAUACGUAUAUUUAUUAACCUUAUCAUUUGGUUAUUGUCUGAUUAAAGUAUUGUCACGUGCUGAGUUGGUGAAGCGGUUAAGUUAAAUACACAAAAACGAGUUUGGUUAAAUUGGUUCUAAAUUCUGCUGGAAUUUCUACUAUUUUUAUAAUAUUUAAUUCCUAUUGUGUCAAUAAAGUGGUAUACAUAUUCAUUAACUUCUGUAUAACUUAGCAAGAGAGAUUGCAAUUAAAAGAGUCAGUAAGGCUAAUAGUAUUUAGUUUAGUCACUGACCUGCACCCGGCACUUGCAGACUGGUGUAGUCUAUUUCAGAUCUUGACGACUCUGAGCAACUGAAGGCUUAAGUGCAGGUAUGCUCUUAUCGAAAUUUUUACUUCUGUGUCGGUAUUUUUGCUGUUGUUAAUUUAACGGCCUUCUCAAAACGGAGGAUUACGAAUACCACAAAAAGGGCGAUUACAAAUUAAAUUGUGCACUAGAUUACAGAAACCAUUGAUUUUACAAAUUCUAUUGGCCCUAAGUAGAUUGCAGACUUCAGUGAAAGACUAGUCAGAUAUUAAAUGCGGCCUGUGAAGCAAAGAACGUUUCACCGAGACCAAGAUUAAAUCAUGAUACGACUAGUUGCAAAGUUUGCAAGCAUUCAAUUCAUUUGGUUCUUGCUCCAAAAUUAUAUAAUCUACUGCCAAAGCGUUUGAGAGACUUGCUUGCGUUGUCCAGUCUUCGUAAUCUGGAGACUUACAAAUGUUAUGCUAACUUACUCAGAUGCAUGCUUAUUGCGCAAACUGCAUUUUAUGAUAUAGUACUUACAUCUAAUAUUUGUCACUUCCUUUUUAUAUCUACACAAUGUGCUACAAUACUAGUUUCAGAUUUGACGCCCUUAUUGGUUUUUGUUAACAGAUAUGAAUAUAAUGAUGUAAAUCAUUGGUCCUAGUUUUUAAAUGUUUUUUAAAUUUGUUUUUUGUUAUUUAUUUAAUUUGUUUUUUUAUUUUUAAUUCAACGACUAACCUGCUCUGUUAAGUUUGACACUUAAGUAUAGGUAGCCAAGAUGUAUUCAGACUGAUGGCCAAGAAGCUUGAAGACAGUUUAAAAUGUGCAAUUAGUUUCCUUUCAUGUUUUUCACCUGUUUUUUUAUUUAACACAAUUCUCCAGUUAACAAGUCAACUUGAACACUCUCAUUGUUGAUAAUGCAAUUAAAUUCAAUUACUGCGCUCAACAUAAGUUUAAAAUGCUAGGUUGAUGCUAUGUAACUAUAGUUUCAGUUAAUAAACGCUUCUUUCCCUUCUGUCAUCGUUCAAUUGAAAAGUUUUUAAAGACAGGUAAUAAUCGAUUAAUAAAGAUCAUGGUGAAAUAGUAAUUUGAACUGUUUAGAUUUAGACACUGCUGCCAUGAGACGUUUUUGUUAAAUAUUUAGUUUUGUAUUCAAAACUCUGGCCCUUGUGAAAUAUACAUCCGUGUGGGUGGAAAACAACUGAAGAUGACUUUUAUAACUGUGGACGGUAUGAAAACCGUAGCACAACCAGGCUUAGUUGCGUUUAGAAUAAAAGAGCUGUAAUAACCGCUUUAGCUCUAAAGGCAUCUCAGUAAGUGCUUGCUGAGAGCUGUGUUAAAAUUGUUUUGAAUGCGGAAAAACGCUUUGCACAACGAAGCCCGAAAUAGAAAUAAUUUUUAAUAAUAGACUCGCGGGAUAACCGUUUAUUAUGGACUUCUGGAUUGCGGAAAAUUGUUUUUGCUUAUGAAAUUUCUGUCCGGGAGUGGGAUUUGUCAAUAGGAAGUUUAUUAAACAGCCGCAGGGAGUUUGUUUGAUUGGGAUGAACACGAACAGUUGGCGAAAAGCGCAUGUUGUUAUACAUCGAUGCAAAACAAAAGCGUUUUUGUUACGCAGUGGAUCGAUAAAUACAAAUAGAGCACAAAGUGUUUAUAAAUAACUUUAAAAUAACUUUAAAUCUGACGGUCACAAGAAAAAUAUCCAAACACGCUGGACCACAUGGGUUUAUUAGGAGUAGGCGGAAAAUAUGGUCUGAUGAAAAAGAUUGACCCCUAAAAUAAUGCUCUUGAAAUAAUUAGCUUUCUCGGUUAAUGAUAGCGAUCACUGGCGAUGUAAUUGAUUUAAUAGAUGAAGUGGUAAGUCCAAUCAAUUUGCGUUUUUCUUUCCUUCCAUAAGCGUAGGAAAUGAAGAGCAUUUUCGUUUGGAGCUGCCUGAUGGCUGCUCUUAUAGAACUUUGCUUGUCAGACAUAUACCUACAUGUUCCACACGGUUCAAACAAUCGACUGAAUGGUAACCAAGACAACGUCAGAAACGACGCCAGACUGUUUGAUUCACAGGUAGGACUGUUCUGAUCUUUGUUGCAUAUCUUUAAGCAUUCUCUCUUUCUUUAAGCAUGUAGUAUGUUAUAUUUCGGAGUGGGACAUUAUGUUCAUAUCCGACUGCUGCACGGACGGCCUCUCAAUACUCACUAAUGCAAGAAAAAAAACUGAAAAAGAGAAAUGGAAAGAAAUGAAAGAGAAAAGUAAAGUAUAUCUUUUUUCAGCUCAAGGUGUUGCCAAAAUCUCCUAAUUAUUGUUGUUUCGUGAGAGCUCUAAGUUUUCUCUCCGUAAAGUAAAGUCUAAAGCAGACAGAAGUUUAAAGGAAGUGUUUGUGUUUGUGUCAAGCCAGUCUGUGAGAUUGCUUGUUAGUCUUUCGCCCAAUGUAAUUUAUAACAUAUCCAUGACAGUCUUGGAUUUUGGAUUCCACUCCAUGGAUUCCGGAUUCCAGGUACUGGAUUCCUUAUUUUUUGUCAUUGGAACUUGGAUUCUGAAUUCCAACCAUUAGCGGAUUCCUGAUUCCUUUAGCUGGAUUCCCGAUUCCAAACACCAGGAUUCCUGAUUCCACAAGCAAAACUUUCCCGGGGCGUUUUGCUAAGAGUUACCAUACUAGCACAUGAAAAUUGUUAGAAAAAGAUAGCUGAUUCAGUAGGGGCAAAUGAUAGAUCCUUUAUCUUUUUGGCUCAAUGCCUGUAAAUGUCCCUUACAGUUAUCACGAAUAACGGCGGUCAUAUUAGGAUUUAGCAGCGUGAAGGGUACCAAUCCUCAAAUUUUACCCCCAAAAGUGUCCUACGAACAACCUCGCUUAUUGGCUUUCGGCAAGAGAAAAUGAGGAAAGAGAGUGAAUCCAUGUGCCCAUGAUAAUUAUUUGAGAUCUAUUAUUAGUUCGACCCAAGUUCUGCGAAGGCCAUUGUUGUUUGUUAUUCCCCUGACCGUCGGAUCAACAUCACAAGACUCUUCUCACAACCGCUUUCUUCACUGAUUGACGCCGGCCAGGAGGACCAUGUUCCCCGUCGGCGGGUACUCUUGCCAGAUUUUUCCAUGUAGAAAUCUUUUGACUAAUCGACGGAAGUGAUACCGGACUUCCCAGGUCAUUUUUCUUUCUUAAAAUAACAUGACGACAUUGUAACAACCAAUAAGCUGUCCUCCUUAAAGUAAUCUCACAACAUGACACAGAACCAAGAAUAGAUUUCAAAUAAUUUUCAUAGGAAGAGAACCUUUUUAAUUUAAAACCUGACUCGCUGUUGCUGCCGAUAGAUAAUUCAAGAAGGUCAAACAUUUUAGUGAAAGAUUACAACUGUGUCCUUACGUUAACGUACGAGGUUUCUCAUAUUUGUACACGUACGUAAAAACAAUAUAAACACCAUAUCUUAAGGCGAUUAAAAACGCGGGUCGAUGUAUUAAAAGCAUUCUUUUCUCUUUUAUAGAAUAAUGGAAAGGCUGGGUACAAUGUUGGAGACAAGCUGGAUAGUAACCCAGGAGAUAACAUACCUGAAAUCAGACAGCUGCCAAUGGUAAUUAUAACUAGAACUAGUAAUAACCAAAGGUUACGGAGUGCGGGCGACAACGAUCGAAGGUCAAAACGCUUUUGCUCCAGCGCUGUGCUUUGCGUAAGUUUCACGUGACAGAUAGUCAAAACACGGGUGAUCAGAUUGCGUUCUGUGCAUUCUAUACAUUCAAUAGUGGAAGUCCAAACGAAUGCUGGCUACAUACAUGCGACACGUACGUAAUAACAACCUGGAGAUUAGGAUUGCGGGCUCCUCUUGUCGCCCGCAAUUAAAUAAUAAAAAUGAUAAUAAUAAUAACAAUAAUAAUAAUAAUAAUAAUAAUAAUAGUAAUAAUAAUAGAGGCUCACACUAGAUUGAUUGAGAUAAGAACGGGUGGAUGGGUGUUUGGAUAUGACUGUUAUAAAGCUAGCCUGGUGUCUAGAUAUUAAGGAGCGUAAGCAAAGACGACUCGUCAAAAAGCGAUUAAACAACAACGCUCUUUUUUGUACAUUUAAUUUUGCCGUCGUUUCACGACUACGACGUGAAAGUGCUUAAUUUCACGUUUCAGAGGGGGCCUUCAAUCCUGGGGACCGCAUUGAAGUAUACUGACUUAACUAAGCCUUUGAGGACGUAAUUCUCGUUGAGCUUCGUUUUCCAUCAAAUCGUCGGUUUUUCAAGGAAAUAGUCGCAGAUCAAGAGUUAUUUUUUCUUGGUAACGAUACUAACGAGUUCGAGCAACCACAAAAGACAAAGAAAACAGCCAUAAGUUUAAUAAGCAAAAUGACUCUAAACGCAAAACGUGCAGCACACUUUUUGGUGCAUUCCUUUGCCAUCAUCGCACGGUUAACGUUGUUAAACUUGAUCUCAAUAAUAUGCGAUCGUCGAUUUAAUCUCUGAGGUAACCGUUUUAUCCGACUAAGCAACGUACCCUUACUGACUGUAAGUUCUCUAAAUCGAUUAUUUAUUACAAAUCAUACUAUAGUAUCAAGGGUUUUUGCAUUAGUUUGAGAGCAGUGCCUCAUAAACCUUUAUUUAUCAGGAGUUCUACAUGGGUGGAUGUCACGAAAAAGCCAAAACCGAGGUCGACAUCAUGUGGACAAAUCAACAUGGAACCGGACCUAAAACGGACGACAGGGUGGAGUCACAAGUCAUCUUACAGUACAUGUGUCAGCCGUACUCCGAAGAAAAGAUGACUUCCGCAGAUGUGAACAUAGCCUUUGAUUAUCACACCGUUCGUAAUGGUCAGACACUUACCCAACAAGCAUUUGCACCAAACGGAGCUCGGGAAAAUGCUUACAUCAGAAAGGACCGUGGCCUUCAUGAACCACUCAGUUACUAUCAAGCUUACUUCCGCAGAGAGCGAAACAAAGGUAAGCAUACUCUUCAAUUGUGUACAUUUUCAGGGAGUUGAUAAAAAGAGUUGGUUGGUGUUGUGUCAGGUUGCUCUAUGGGACGGUAUUGGGGUCCUUAUAGUUGAGGAGGCCAUAUUGGCGUACCCAAAACGAUGGAACUGCGGCCAUAUUGACCAAAAAAUCAGGUGGAGAAUGAGCUGUUUCUCUCGUAAAAAUUUCUGUUGUUCCAGGAAACUUGCAUAGCUGUUGACGACAACUUUUUCUUCGAAACUGCGUCAAAAUUUGUCCCCCAAAAGGGUCUCACAGCACAAACUGAGUGUCAUGCUCUUCUUCGAAGUAGUGAAACCUUUAACGCGUUAGCGUCCACUUGUGCCCUUAUUUUGACACCUGCAUCAGAAAAAUACGAGCUUGAAUAAGCGAUGUGGACAUGAGAUUCAUUUGAGGCAAGGGAAUUGUCUCCAUGUAACCUAACCUAAAUUGUCUUGUUCAAAAGGCUUGUUUACCGCUGACCAAAAACUCAAAGGUGAUUUGCCAAUCUACACAAGGCAAAAUCCGGGAGGAACAAGGAGGGGCCUGGAAGUACCUGAGGAACGUGAUUACUAUCCAUACUGGGGUCCCACCCCGUGGAACGACAUUGCUGUCCUAGUCAGUGAUAAAAAGACUCUGGAAUUAAUGGAGAAACACUUUAACAACUCUCAUUACGGCUACAAACGUGAGUAUGUGCCAAAUCGUGUUAUGCUUGAACAUGUUAAAAGCUGUUUAUUUAAACAUGGGUAAAAAUUUUAAUCCUACACAAAAGACGCUUGCUAUGUUUUGACUACUACAAAUUUAGCACAAGUGAUAGCACAAGUUGAAUCGUUGCAUUGGUAUAAUUCUUUGCCAACGCCAGUCUGAAAGUUCUUUAAAUGGUUAAACCUGGUUUAAUCGAACUGGUUUUGUUGCUGUGACUAGAAAUCGGAGUUUUUAAAAUGACUUACACACUAUACAGGUAUUCGGUCGUUGAGAAAGUAGUGAUCAUCAUAUAAGGAAAGCUUACGCAAGGCGACUUUGCCGACCCCAACCCCGACCUGAAAGGAAAUUUAAACCGGAUUUCAAAAGUGGAAGUUAUGUUGUCUGCGAUAGACGGCGCCAUCUUGCCGACUUCAAAGAUGCUGGUCUUGCUUAGAGUACUGUUGAUCCAGCUCUUCUGUUCAGUCUAAACAGUUCAAUACAAAUAACGCUUUCUGCACGAAGUUUCACGAAGUUGCCAUCCCUAAUAGUUGUUAAGUGCGGAUCACUGUGAACCGCUUUGUGCUCGGACGGAAGCGAUGUCAGGAGGUCUUCUUUUCUCUUUUUCUUCUUCCAAACAAAGUCCCGGACUUGAAAAACUAUCUCUGCCACUUAAUGAUGAUUCCCUUCCUAAAAUCACACGCAUGAAAUCUUUAAGUUCUUCUAAAGCGUUAUGUGGUUCACUGACAGAGCAAAGAGUCUCAAUUUUGAGGAAGUUAAUUUAUCUUUCGUAAACAAUAAAGAAAUCCGAGUAUUGCUUAAUCUUUUUGCAGACAUGUGUAUUAUGCCAUCCACGCUGCCUGAAAAUUUACACUGUCCACGAGAACAUACCAACCACAUUGCACAACAGUGCGUUGCUAAAUACAUCACUGCUAACACUUGUAAAGCUGCAGGCGGUAGAUGGACAAAAUUCAUCACAAACAUUGUGGAGAGAACCUCUGGAAUUUUGAGCACUUGUCACGCUAUGGGCGAUAUGAAGUUGAAAAGAGGCAUUCCUUAUCAGCCUCACAAAGUGUCCCAAGGAGCUGAUGAACCGGUGCAGUAUGUUCUCGUUCAGAAACCACCCGACGUAAUCUACGCUCCGUCCACGGUCGUAAACCAUAACGGAAUAAAUAUGGAGGGCAAGUUUUCUUCUUAUAAGUGGAAAGUACCCUGCUUUCCUACCAACACAACACAGCGCUGCGUGCUACGUAUCAGGUAGGAAGUGUCCGGCCACAGACCUUAUUCGCAUCAUGUAAGGAAAUCGGGAUUGCGGGGAGUUCCGGAAAAUUUUUGCUUGUGGAAUCCGGAAUCCUGAUCUUUGGAAUCCGGAAUACAGCUCAAGGAAUCCAGAAUCCUACUAACGACUGGAAUUCAGAGUCCAAGUCCCAUUGACAAGGACUGAAAUUCAGUACCUGGAAUCCGGAAUAUGGAAUCCAGAAUCUGUCUUGGAUUCCACAUGAGGUGAUCUUAUUCGAAAAUCCAAAACCAAGACCAAGUUUUGUGAGCCCGCGAGACUGAGCAACCCACCCAAACCCUUGUUUUCACUAAAACCGCUGGACGCCACAACCUGGUUAAGGUCAUUGUUAUCUGAGGUCUUCCAUCUUAUUCACGAGACCCGCCAUCUUUACAAGCUCUGAAGGACGGAUGGGAUAAAAACAUGGCCGUCAAAACUCGGUUGCCAUGGCAACGUCAAUGUUGACGACGACUUAAAAAUGUUCCCAGAUAGGACGAGCCCCUAAGUUUGGUGGUCAUAGCUUAAAACGUUUUGAACUUUUUUUACUUUUUCGCAAGGGGGGGGGGGGGGGGGGGGGCCCCAAAAGCUCCCCCGGUUUGAAUAGGCUUAAGAGAUAUGAUCACUAACCAAAACCCACAGACGAGGAUACACGACGCCGAGGGCGUUUUAAAAUUUUUAUGAUAAUUAAAAGGCACUGCUAACAGUGUCUAUAACCAUUACUAGGUGGAAUGAAAUCAAGUCCUGGUAAGUCCUGACUGACGUUUCGAAAACCUAUUCGGUACUCAUUUUGAGAGUCAAAGUGAGUUAUAUCAAAUCAAUGGUAUUUCACUCUGGUUAUUGACCUGGUUGCUCAAUAAAUUCGCGAUGUUGUUGGUCUUCUCUCAUUUAUAAGCCGUGAUAUUUUGUCACACUAAUAACGGUCAUUUUAAUAUUAGUCAAAUUGUAGGUUGUUUUGAUAGAAUAACCAUCUAGAGUCUAUAUUACCAGUGCAUUUGCCCAAAUGAUGGAGUUACGCUUUGUUGUAGGUAUAACAUUACCAGUGAUGACGUUUCACGUGAAUUUAAUGUCAAAGACAACGGAAAGUAAGUGAAACUAAUAGAGUUCCUUUCCUUGUCCUGUGCGAUUCUUACACCCCAGCAUGGCUAGCCUGCGAAAAAAUCCGUUUCUCCACGCUCUUCGCUGCUGGGGACGUUUCGCGCGGAGGAACGCGCGAAACGUCCCCAGCGGCGAAGAGCGAGGAGAAACGGAUGGUUUCGCAGGCUACAGCAUGGCACUUCUGUACUUUUGACCACCUGUCUGAAAGGCCUAUUGCUCUUUUAAGGAAAACGGCAUGAACAUCGUUAGACUGAAUCCUUCGAUAACGCUCGUGACAAGGGGUUUCAAGCUAUUUCACUUUUGUUCCCUCUAAGGUUACGUUUUAUGUACAUCCAAGAAUAUUCGAAAAAUUUCAAACAUAUCAAAAUUCAAUGGUAGCAAUGAUUACUAAUUGUACGGGUUGUUUACAGGUGAAUUUCUACUAACACCUUUACGCAAGGGCCGCUUUCUUGUCUCUGUGGACAGCCCAUACAAUCAAAUGCUAGUAGUUCCCAGUCUGAUGUGUAAACCACUGAAGCCGGCCUUUCCUCAUUAUACAAGUGAAAGCAAUUUAUCCGGCGGCAACUUUCCACAGAUGGUCCUCAUUAACAGUAAUUUCUGACACUCUGUAGGGUUGUUUUCCUUUGUUUGCCUUGUUCAAGCGCGUUUUUCUUUCUUUUUUUUUCUGAUCGACGUGACAAACCACGGCCCCGUGAAAGAGGCUCGGUUGUCAUUAGGUUGAUUUAGCCACAGAACGGGAACGCCAGAUGACGAGGGUACGCGCAAAUCAAACUGGCCUCGGUUGUUCAAAGGCUGGAUAGUGCUAUCCACUGGAUAAAUCUCUAUCCACUGGAUAGUGAUUUAUCCGGUGGGUGGCAACAACUGGCUUGACCAAUAGCAGAGCGGCAAAUUGGUCACCGGAAGUCGCGUUUAGUCCUUUUCGCGUGCUUUCCCGUCGUCAACUGACGUUCCUGUUCUGUUGCUAAAUCAGCCUAUUUACUUCUAUAGUCGUGGAAACUGUUACAUGACCACAAUAAAAAACUCUCCUUCCCAUCUCCCUCUAUCGUGAUAGCCAAAUAACCUCUGGAACACAUAUUUUUACGAAGAUCUAUAUUAAAGUGAUCAUCUUUGCUCUCACAGAGUUAAGAACAACCCGAAAACUAAAGCAACUGACGGGCAAACGGAUCUUCAGCUCGCCCUGAACACAGCUCAGGUUGGACGAACAUUCCAGGACAGAAGUCACGUGUUCUUACUGAAGCCACGGAAUCUUCUUCCCGAAAAGUACCAGCAAUCCAACAUUAGAUACAUCUUUGGAAUGGGAAAGAGGGGGAACAUUGUCCAGGCGUAUCCCGCCAUGGAAUAUCGUUUCUUCCCAGAACGGGUUUCUGUUACAACUGAUGAUCUAGUUUGUUUCGUUUGGUCCGGUAAGAACUACUCCCAGCUAGCGGGACUAAUAGGCCACUUUAGAUUUCCAAAAUCCCUCAAAAUGAGUCCAAGUUUUAUUUGCAUGAGAAUGAAAAAUCAUUUCCAUAUCAAAGGCUGAGCACUUAAACUCGUUUUGAUACAGAGGCCCGGGGGAACUCGGAAAUGCCCUAUUAAACAAGUCCCCCAUGUAGCCGCUACUGUCUUCGUCAAUAAGCGCGCGUUACGUGACGAGACCUGCGUGACUACCUUAGGCUGUAUUCACACUAUACCGGUGCCGACAGGAAAAGUGUGAAAAGCGCUAGAAACGGCCCGGGACUGUAGCAAGUCGUUCACACACAUCGAACACCGUGCCGGAGCGGUUGGCCGAGAGGGUUUGGUGAACUUAAUCCCAGUCCUCACUCCUGAGGACUGGGAUUUAGUUCCGUUUGAGUAGUUUCCAUUUAAUACUUGCCUCUACUUAUCCACGUCCGCUACGGUCCGAAUACCUGUUCACACUCAGUGCACCAAAGUAAUGGCACAGAACCUAUCCGAUAUGUAACGCUCUAUGCUCGAGAUCGGCGCCGCGCAGCUCCGCUCAGCUCAGUCACAGAAACCUUGCCGAAAUCACCGUUCCGUUGUGUUUGAACAGAAACCCUUUCCAGUAUCAUUUUCGUGGCGUCGCAAAAGCUAUCCGGUAUAGCGUGAAUGUAGACUUAAAAAUCAUUGUUUAUCACUUUUGUUAAAAGCACGCUGCAGUAAACACUUUUAAACUCUUUACUAUAGUGUUGUCAGCAGCAUUUAACACCUGAAAAGCGUCUAAAAUUGCUUAUUAUCUCCCUCCUAAUUCUUUCAUUCUCCAGGUUCGAACAAUAACCCGAACAAUGCCGGGGAAGGAAGAGCACGUAAGAAGUUUCUUUUUUUUGAUUUUGUUGUUUGGGAGAGAAAGAGAAAGGUACACGGUCAUAUAAAAGCAACCCCGCCUCAUUUUUGAAGCCUGUUCAGUGACUACAUUAGUUGAAAAAAAAAUAAAAAAACGGUUAAUGUUCUUUCUUUAAAAUAACUUUUUUCUUGAUUAAAAUGCGAUGGUGAAUUAAAAACCUGGUGAAUAAAUGAGAAAGAUGUUUUCAAUUUACUGCCUCCAUCAAAGAGAAGAGUUUGACGAACAUUCCAGGACAUGAAAAUCAAUUACUGAAAAAUCAUCUUUCUCAUUUUACUUUACUUCAAUAUAAAUUAGUUCGGAGCUCACACACAUACAAAUGUUUCCAUGUGUGUUUCAGGCACGGAUCGCACCAACGUGUGUUGGGUGAAGGAAGGAUGUAGUUCUCUUCAACCCAAAGCUUGCUCCAGCUUGCCUCUUGAAGUCGUUGAUUAUGUGGAUGAAUUUGACUCCAAAAAGCUGAACCUUUACCUUAACACAGGGUGUUACACCGGUGAUCCUAAAAGACUGCAGGCUCAGCUUGAUAACGCGCCAGCCUCCUGUAAUCCACCGUGUUUCCGCAUCAAGAAGCCUGGGGAGUACUGUUAUAUGAGCACGCGCAAUAACAACUUCUCCAACCGACGUCACAUGGGACAGAUUACAGUCACCGAACCUCCUGAGUAA